GAAGAGAGCAACGGCCUCCUGCGGUGGUGGAGGAUUCUGUCUCGAGGGAGGACACGCUGGAGCGGUGAACCUCACCUCGAAGUUCCCUCUCUUCUUCUGUACCUGGAGGAGGAGAGGGAGGUGAAGGACUGGAUGGGAGAACUGCUUGGCACGGAAGGGGAAGGCAUCAUGAGGCAAAUUGGGCAGUGGCAUCUUUCGCUUCACCGCCGCCGUCGCUCCAAAGAUUCUUCAGAGCCUCAGGAUCCUUCACUUGACGCACUAAAGAAUGCCCCCACUUCCUCUUCAUCCUUCUCCACCCCCACCUCAUCCUUGAUCGUCUCUGAUAUCCCCAGCUACAAACACAAAACCAACACACCCAAAAACCGAUGCAAGCUCCACUCUUUCCGCCUGUCUUUCGACGAACUCGGCUGGGGCCACUACUUUAUCGCCCCGCCCGUCUACAACCCUCGGUUCUGCCAGGGCGACUGCCCGAGAGUGCUCCACUAUGGCUACCAUUCCCCCAACCAUGCCAUAAUCCAGACGCUCAUCAAUGACCUGGGCGUCGGGGACGUCCCUCCUCCGUCCUGCGUGCCCUACAAGUACAUGCCCAUGAGCGUGCUGGUCGUGCAAAAGAAGAAGGUGGAGUACAAGGAGCUGGACGACAUGGUGGCAGAGUCCUGCACGUGUCGCUAA